UCUGAUUUUGAUGUUCCAAUUGAAAAUGGAGAAGUAUCGUGCAACGAUCGAAUCUUGGCAGCAUUUGCUACAAUUAAAUAUAUAAUUCGUCAUAACUGUCAUUCCAUGGUCAUCUUAUCUCACUUAGGAUCACCGGACGGAAGAAGAGAUCCAGAAUUUUCGCUAAGACAAGUUGUAGACGAACUUGAUAGGUUAUUGUCAAGAGAAUUUGCCAAGAAAGUCUUGUUUGUUGACGAUAUGUAUGAUGCAUACAUGGAUGGCAUGGCUCUCAAUCCACCAAGAGGGGUAGUUUUGCUUUUUGAGAAUAUGCAAUAUUAUAUUGAAGAAAUAAGGAUGACUAACGACAGGAAGAGAUAUGCUUCUAGAGAAAGUAUUAUGAGAUUUCAUCGCCAUCUUAAGAGGUACGCUGAUGUGUAUGUGAAUGACACAUUCAGAUAUUCGCACCUUCCCCAUGCAUCUAUUGCGCCAUAUUUUAUUGGACCUCGAGUGGCUGGUUUGGCAAUGAGCAGAGAACUUCAAUAUUUUCACAAAAUUGUAGGAAAACCUCAAAGACCUAUCAUUGCCAUCCUUGCUGGCAACAGGAUAGUCGAUAAGCUUAGAAUGAUGAGUUACUUGCUAGAAAGAAUUGAUGAGCUAAUAAUUGGUGGUGCAGUAGCGUACACUUUCCUGAAAGAAACUGCUGGUAUGGAAAUUGGAGAUACUCUUUACGUUAAAAAUGCUGGUGAAAUUGUGAAUGGCAUACUAGGUAAAGCAGACGAUUAUGCCGUGAAGGUGCACUUACCUGAAGACUUUAUAAUGGGAGAUAUAAACGACCCAGAAAGUGCUGAAACCGUUACCGUGGAGAAAGGAAUACCAAAGGGGAAAAUGGGCUUAGAUAUAGCCACCCUAUCAACGACAAUGGGAGUCAUAGAAGCAGAGGAAUAUUGCAGUGGAACCAUGGGUAUCAUGUAUGCAGUAUCAUAUGCUUCAAAACAUGGUGCGACCAGUAUUGUUGUUGGUGAAGAUACCUCCAUGUUUUGUCAGCGAAAUAAGUGCCUUCAUAACAUCUCUCAUACCAGUAUGGGCAGAGCUGGUGAAGAACUACUAAUGGGAAGGAUGCUACCAGGUGUUCAAGCACUGAGGACUAAAACUAGAUGCAAAUGUCGCUUUAAGUAAGAUUACACUGCAUCAGAAACAAAAAGUGACUAAGGAAUUAAAGUACAUCUCACAUGUUGAACGAUACGUAGACGUUCCAUUAACAUGUAAACCUGUGCAAGAAUUUAUUUGUAAAUGCAUUACAAACAUGUGGCAAUAAAUUAAUGAGUAGAU